GUCAGCCCGUAGGGCCAAUAGGAGGCGAAGAUACUGAAGCAACGUCACAAGUUCAUAGGUCGCAGUAAUCGCCACCUCCGAAAUGUAAACAGUCCCGUCCUCCUGAGGAAGGUUAACAUAAAUAUGAAGUUCUUAACAAAGGCGAUACAGACAGCAGUGAGUCAGAGGGAGACAGGCCGCAGACAGUUCUGGGCUUGGCUGAAUGCAGUUUUCAACAAAGUGGACUAUGACAGGAUCAAGACUGUGGGUCCAGAUCGAGCUGCAGCAGAGUGGCUGCUGCGAUGUGGUGCCAAAGUGAGGUUUCAAGGUUUGGAUCGCUGGCAUCAAGACUACAACGCCCUGCCAACCGGGCCUCUGGACAGACACAAGAUCGUGGCGAUUGACGCCACCGACUCCUGCAUCAUGUACAGGGGUUUUGAUCACCUGGAUGGUUUGAAAUACUUGGAUGAAAUCCAGUUCAAGAAGUGCAUCUACCUUGAAGACACCUGUUUGGAGAAACUGAGCUCCUUACAGAACCUGCAGGAGAGUUUACACCUGCUGGAGGUGGUGUCCUGUGGAAAUGUGACAGACAAGGGCAUCAUCGCUCUCCACAAACUCAAGAAUCUGGAGCGUCUGUUCCUCAGUGAUCUGCCAGGACUCAAGGACAAACAGACCACGGUAGACAGACUACAGACGGCUCUCCCAGGCCUGGACAUUAACCUGGACCUGGACUGACGGCUGCAUGUGUUUAACAGCCUGAUAUAUAUGGACACACUGUACAGAACAUUUACGUAAAAUAUGCAAAUAAUGCUGCAGGAAAUCAAGUGACAUUUUCAGUCCUGUAAUUGUCUGAAGGGCAGAUCCUUCAAGGGUUAGUUGAGUUUACUGAAGUGUGGAGGGAUUUAAUACUUUGUACAAAGCUUACAAUGACUCUGCAUUUACAACACAGUGAAAUAUCAGUGUAAAUUUAGCAAAUUAGUUUCAGAAAUUAAUUUGAAACAUGAACAGGAGACAUGUAUAUAUUUAUAUAUAUAUAGAGAGAGAGAGAGAAAGAGAGAGAGAGAGCACUAGUUUCUGAGCUGGUUUAGUAACUUGUUCAAUCACACUUAAAAAGAAUACUCAACUAUCCCUUCAGUCUAAACACGUGUGUAAAUGAACCUACGAUGGUUCAGUUAAUUUCAGGUAGGCUGCUGUGUAUAAAAAAGGGAUGAAAAAAUAAAUGAUUCAGCACGUUAAACCCCCUCCUCAAUAAAUGUAACCACUUUUUUUCUUUUAAAUAAUGUCGUCAAUAAACCAUUUAUUAACA